CUUUCCGAAAUCUCACUGUCUCUUAGUUGUCCAAAAUGCCAACACCACCCCGUCCCCCUUCUUGGAAACACCAUUCUUUCUCCUAUAAAAAUUCCACUCCUCAAUACACAAAUCAUCCCAAAACAAUCCCAUUUCUGACCCCAAAAAAAAAAGCUUUAAAAAAAUCCCAUUAUGGCAUCAAAAAUUCGGCCCAAUUUUCAAGAUUUCUUGCCUCUCAUGGUGGAGAAGCUCGGCGGGGACGGUCUAAUAGCAGAACUGUGUAAUGGGUUUAAUUUAUUGAUGGAUUCUAGCAAAGGGGUUAUUACUUUUGAGAGUCUUAAAAGAAAUUCUUCUUUGCUGGGAUUACAAGAUUUGUCAGAUGAUGAUCUGUGUAGCAUGCUUAAAGAAGGUGAUUUUGAUGGAGAUGGGGCUCUCAAUCAGAUGGAAUUUUGUGUUUUGAUGUUUAGAUUAAGCCCUGAGUUGAUGGAGCAGUCUGAGUUUUUCUUGGAGGAGGCUCUUCAACAAGGAGAAUUCCAAGAUUUUCAUUUGUAAUAAUUUUCAUUUUCUUUUUUCUUUUUGGGCAAUUUUAGAUUUUCAUUGUUUAAUGCUGAUUAUUAAUUUAAAAUACAGACCUUCACAAGGAAACGAUUGUGAUUUUCGACGAACAACCUCCAAUUACAGCACUUAUUGUUAUACCAUUGCAGCUUGCUCUCAAACCAUACCAUGUUACAUGUCUUUGAUUUUUUGAUUAAAUGUAUGAAACAAUAUUGGAUUUUCUUCGAA